GCGGACAGUUCUGACAUUUACUUCCAGAUCUUUCUACAAACUUCCUGUUGGCGCCCACCUUUCUGCUUAAAAAUCCCAACUCUCAGCCCCUCUCCUCCAGCAAAAAUUUCUCCUUCCAAACUCAUUUGAAUCAUCUCCUCUUUGGUUGUUUAGCUCAAUUCACCAACAGAAAUGGCGUCGGAAACAGCUGCCUCUGACCCAUAUUCCUUCAUUCAAAGGCUCAUGAGUUCGAGAGACAGAGACAUAUCUCUCUUCUUCCCCUUCAUCAUAGGCCUAAACGCCGCGACCCCACCUCAAGAAACUGAAGAUCAUGGCGUCCCACGUGAGUCGCCUGAUCGGAUCAUCCUCGUGAACCCUUUUACGCAAGGCAUGGUGGUAAUAGAAAGAAGCGGCAGCAAUAGCAGUAACGGCUCAUCGUUAGGCUUUGAAGCUUUGUUCGGAGAUGUGUUUUCGGGGAAAAGUGGUCAGCCGCCUGCGUCAAAAGCGUCCAUCGAUGCUAUGGCGAGUGUGGAGAUUGUGGGUAGUGAAAAUGAUGAUGAUCCGUGUGUUAUUUGCUUGGAGGAGUGGGAGGCUGGUGAAAAGGCUAAAGAAAUGCCUUGCAAGCAUAGGUUUCACGGGGAGUGCAUAGAGAAAUGGCUGAGGAUUCAUGGGUCUUGUCCUGUUUGUAGAUAUGAAAUGCCUGUGGAUGAAGAAGAUGAUGAUGCGAAGAAGAGAAGAAGUGGAGAGGGUGAUGGAGAAAGGAGGAGAGAGAUUUGGGUGAGCUUUACAUUUGCUAGUGGUAGGAGAAGUGGGGAAAGCAAUCAAAGUAUUUCUAGUGAAAGCAGUGAGACUAGUGAUUCUUUAACAAGUCAUCAAGAAACAGAGGGCUAGGAACAUAUUUGUUAGAUUUUUUUUUUUAUUCUUUUUUCUUGUCUUUUUAAUCUUUUUCUGUAUCUUCUUGUGAUGGGAAUGACUUGUUUAUAGAGCCAAGUUUCUUGUUGAAUAUCUUUUCUCUAAAUGAAUAAAUUG